ACAAUUUAUUUCCGGUUGUAACCCUUUCGAGUACUAACUAGGUAAGUGUUACCGCUGGAAGUCCGUAGUUUAACUGUCCGUGUUUUGAUAACUCCAUCGACAAUUUCUGGGGGUUUUCAAUUUUGAUAGGGCAGUUACUUAUUCAAGAGAGAAGAGGAGGACUUACUUAACAAACGUGUUUGUCUGCAGGAUUUGUCCUUAAUAGAUAUAGGAUGUGGAACUUAACAAGACCUUCUGGGAAAUCAGGAUAUUGGUGAAAUGGAAUCAAGUGCUGGGAAGUGAUUCAUGCAAUCAACAGGUGUCGGACACAGUCGGCUCAAACCCAUUGAUCAAUAGAAGCCACAAAUCUCCAGUUCAUUUUAUGACAUUAUUGAAAAGCAUUUAGAUAAAGGUUAUUGCCUGUUGUUCACUAAUCUGGUAAUACCAUAUCGUAAGUGAAGUAAGUACAUAACAGUGAACUCAUUGAAGUCUCAUGCUAACAUUGUUGUCAGUCCAGUGAGGAAAUUCAAGCUGGAUGGGACAUUGUUACAGAGAAUAUUUCAGUUUUGUGCCUAUGGAUUAGGAGGCAACAGAGGCAUAUUACCUGCAGCUGUGGAUUAGAACAUCAUUAUUUUUUGUCACAGAAAAGUUCAUCAGAAAGACGAUGGGUUUUGCAUUCCUGAAAGUGAGGACAGUAUUUUUUGCAGUAUUUGUCACUGGCAUACAAAGCAGUUUUGGAUAUGUCUCUAUGCCUUUCCCUACCUACAAUCCCAGUAUUGUGGAGAGAACAAAAUAUGACCAUCUAACGCAAGUUGCUGUUAAUCAGGAAAAUGGCCACGUCUUCGUUGGUGGUAAAAACCAAGUGUAUCAACUGGAUAAAGAUUUGAGACUGAUGUACAAUAUCACCACGGGUCCCGUGUUGGACAAUGUCUUGUGUUCACCUUCUGCAAAUUGCAAUUUCAGAAAAAAUGUGGUGGAUAAUUAUAAUAAGAUUUUGGAGAUUGAUCCUGUCAAUAAAGUUCUUCUGUAUUGUGGCAGCACACACCAAGGAUUGUGUGCGGUCGGUUCGUUGAAGAACAUUUCACAGCGAUCACUCCUCAGAGGGAACUCGACGCUGAAUUAUGUAGGGGGCAAGAAGAGCGCUGUUGCUUUUUUCGGGAGCCGCCCGACAAAUUUUUCCCACUACUGUGAAGGGAGUGUUGUGUACACAGGCGUGUCUUAUGAUGACAGACCUUCCGAAUUCCUCCCAAAGUCAAUCUCCACAAGAUGUCUGAGAGCAGAAAAAGAAUCAUACGAUAUGAAAUAUCUUUAUGAGCAUGCUGAGUACAAUGUCUUUUCAGCCAUUGAUAUUGCAAGUGAGUACAAAAGUACUUUCCGAGUGAAAUACAUUUACAACUUUGAGGACCAAGGAUUUACGUAUUUUCUCAUCGUACAACCAGAAGGGCUAAAUAAGCACAAAUAUAACACUAGGCUAGCAAGGGUAUGUCAGAAUGAUCUGGGGUAUUAUUCCUACACUGAGAUGCCCUUGGAAUGUGGGUAUAUCGAACCUUACAACAUUGCCACGGCUGCAUACUUUGGAGUGGCUGGAUCAGACUUGGGUAGCUCAGCCUAUAUACAAUUUGAGGCAAACGAGAAAGUUUUAUUUGUGACUUUUGGGAAGAGUCAUCCGGGCAGCGCGUCUCCAGAUCCCAUGUCAGGUUCGGCUGUGUGCGUGUUUAAAAUGGCCGAUGUCAUGAUGGGGUUUACGCAGACUCAACGAGACUGUUACGAGGGAAGACAAGAAGAUGCCAGCAUUAUGAAGUGGUUCAUUCCUACAGCGUCAAGUUGUGAGAGAUCAGACUUGGUGACUGUGAACGACCAUUUUUGCGGAAAACAAGACAAUGUGGCCAUUCAGGGAUCGGAACCCAUAUAUGGAGAAAUAUUAUUUAAAAUUUCCAACACUGUACUUACUGCAGUGGCCAUCACCACUUACCAGACUCACACAGUAGCAAUCAUUGGGACCAAUGAUGGACGCAUUAUGAAGGCAAUUCUUAAUGGCACAGAAAAUGUGAAACCAUACAUGAAUGUGUCGCUGAGUGAAGAUGCAGGGAUCGCAAUAGAGAAAGACAUGGAGUUCGACCCAGAGAGGAAGAAUUUGUACAUUAUGGCAGGUCCCAAGAUCACAAAAUUCCCCCUAGAGUCUUGUAAGGUGUACAACGAAUGUUCAGAAUGCGUGACAGCUUCAGAUCCUCUGAAUUGUGGGUGGUGUGCCAACGAAUUGGGGCAAGGCGAGUGCAAGAUGAGGCAAGAGUGCUUCAAGAGAUGGACCAAGGACAGCUGUGCACCGCUCAUCUAUUCUGUCACCCCUCAAACUGGACCUGUCCAAGGUGGUACGCAAAUGACCAUACAGGGGCGGGAUUUUGGCUCCAAUCAGAGCCAGGCAGUGGUGGAAGUGAAGAUUGCCGACACAACCUGUAAUGUCACGUACAAGGAUUCCUCAAGAAUUCUCUGCACCACUGGCGUCUCGGCCAAGGGAGAAAUAGAUAGAGAGGUGUAUGUACGAGUGGUUGAUAGAACAAAGACAAUUGUCAAGUAUUUGAUCGAAGGCCAGGCGCGUUCGCAGCAUGUCUUUGCAUACAAGCAACCUUCCGUUUCCUCACUUACUCCCAAAUAUGGGCCCCAAUCUGGUGGUACUGAUAUUUUGAUCAAGGGAAGGAAUUUGAACAUAGGAUCUCGGCAGGCGGUCACAGUGGCAAACCUGCCAUGUGUUAUACACAGCACGCUGUCAGAUAGCAUUAAGUGCACCACCACAGCUUGGAACAUGACUGUCAUGUACAAGUACAUCAGGCGCUACCUGGUGAGGAGAAAACGUGACAUUGGCAGUGGCCGCCUUGAGGUCUUCAUAGAUGGCGCUGUGUUGAGUGAUAGAAACUUGCGCUAUACUUAUAAAGAAGAUCCAACCGUAACAUCUAUAUCACCAAGAUUAAGCACCUUAAGCGGCGGCACCACAAUAACAGUACGUGGUACCUACCUGAACGUGGUGGCAAAUCCAAGAAUGGGAUUGUCCCUGCCACAGAAAACCACCACUGCACCAUUCGCAUGUGUAGCUGCAAACGAUGGCCUCAGUAUGAAAUGUGUGACCCCAAAUGUCACCCAUCUCAUCGCAAUUGCACCAACACCAGCCAGACCUACUACGGCCGAUAUUUGGUUUCUAAUGGAUGGAGUGAGUAAAUUGCGGAAUUUCUCCCAGACUCAUCCGAAACUGAGCCCUCUGCAGAUAUACCCUGAUCCAGUCUACACUGCAUUCAAGGACAGCCCCAAUCCAUUUUAUAUUGAUGAUGAGCAGAUUAAGAUAAAUGGCAAGUAUCUUCAUCUGGUCCACAACAUUGGUGAUGUAAGUGUGACUGUCGGUUCGGCGCCAUGUACUGUGACCGCCCUUGAGUCCAGCUACUUAUUAUGUAAACCAGGCAAUAAGCCAGCACAGGUCGGCCCCAAUGAGCCUCUUUAUCCAGUCAAGGUGACAGUGGGCAACUUAAAGUUCAACAUCGGUUCUCUGCGAUACAUGCAAGUGUCCAGCUCCAUCAUGGUGGUGGGCAUUGGGGCUGGAGCCGGGUGUGCCUUUGUGGUCAUCAUUCUGGCAUCUGUCCUGUUCUACCUAAAGAGAGCUAAAAAGGGGCCCUUCAAGCCGAAACCGACCCCCGAGCCCCUGGUGCGCUAUACUGCCAACCCACACAGGAAUGGUGAUAAUGGACAUUUGAGAGUCCACAGGCAGGGCAGUAAUGACAAUGAAUACAGCCCAUUACAAGGAGCAAGAAGGCGAGGGGUCAUCACGUCACGUCGGCGAGGUGGUCGAGGUUCAGAUGAGUAUGGGGUGGACGGUGAAACGUUACUUCUCAUCCAGGACUCUCAUCUUCUCAUUGAGAGGGAUAAUUUGAUAUUAGGAGAAAAAAUUGGACAAGGUCACUUUGGAACAGUGUUCAAGGGCUAUCUGACGGUCAAAGGACAGAAGGAAGAAAUGCUAAUGGCAGUGAAAACAUUGCACAAAGAAUUUAAAAUUAAUUAUGAAAACUCUGAAGAUGAUCGGAAGAAGUUCUUGAAGGAAGCACUGAUCAUGAAGGACUUUAACCACUGUAACAUACUGCAGCUGGUAGGGAUAUGUAUGGACACUGACAACACCCCUCUGGUAGUGCUGCCUUUCAUGAAACAUGGAGACCUGUUGUCUUACAUUAGGAAUGAGGGCCAUAUGCCCACAGUCCGUGACCUGAUCCUGUUUGCCAUACAGAUAGCCAGGGGGAUGGCUUACCUGGCAGAACUGAAGUUUGUCCACAGAGACCUGGCAGCUAGGAACUGCAUGUUGGAUGAUGGGAUGCACGUCAAAGUUGCAGACUUUGGGCUCUCAAGAGAUAUCUACGAGCACGAUUACUACAGUAGUGAGGAUAAAAAAGCAAAACUCCCAGUGAAAUGGAUGGCACCAGAGAGCAUGGAGAAAAAUAUAUACAACUCCAAAACAGAUGUGUGGUCAUACGGUGUUGUACUAUGGGAGCUGAUGACCAGGGGGGUCACUCCAUACCCUGAUGUGGACAACUGGGAUAUCCUAAGAUAUCUUAAAUCUAACAGAAGAUUACUGCAGCCAGAGUACUGCCCAGAUAUGCUGUACAGGGUAAUGCACCACUGCUGGGCAGCUGUCCCUAAGGAUCGGCCCACUUUCCAGGAGCUCGUUGAAGCAGUCAGCAGCGUAAUAACUACUUUAGAGCAAGGCCAAAAUCGUGUCAACUUAGAUGACAUAUAUGUCAACGUCCCUCACGAUCAAGGAUAUUUGAUGCCAAAUGAGUCGUCUGGUUCCAGGAUGACCGUGGUAUGAUCAAAAUGAAAAAGAAGAAGAAGAAAAAAAUCAGAUCCCAGUCUAAAAAAUUAUGCAACAUCAUUGUCUAGAAUGAAUUUCAGAUCAGGAGUAUAUAUUACAUAUCUGCAACUGGGCCAAAUGCUAGCUUCACCAAAGCCUUAGAUUCUUAAAGUGAUCAGUGUUAAAAAAAAACUUUUAUGACUUAGGAGACAGUAUACCCUUAAAUCUGAAGCCUUGAUUAAAGGUAUUCAGUAUGGGUUUUUUGCACCAGUCUAAUUUGACAUUGCCAAAACUGUUUAUUGAAGAUGUUAUGCGUCAACACUAGAGAUGUGACUGUGAAAGAAACCAUGAAGGCAUUGCCGGAGAUUUGCAUUGGCAAGGGAUUCAACAACAGCAGAUUACUGACCUUUUAGUUUUGUGUACUUAUUUUGAUAUGUCAGAUACGUGACUCCAAAUAUUGGGCAGAUGCUUUUCCUGUUUGAGUACAAGCUUAUUUCUUAAUGCGUAAGUUGCACUGUUUUGAACACUGCACUAGAUGAAAUUGUGCUGUUCCACAGUAUAUUUUAUCUCUAUUACAUCCCAAAUGCUUCAUAAAAAUUUUUACAACCUAAAUUCUAACCACCUAAAGUAGAUAGACUCAGUGUCAAGGUAAAAUGUUAUUCUCCUGCUUCUGUUUCUUUACAUUUCUUUGGGAAAAAAAUGAGCAAAGUGUUUUUAAGGUGAAAUAGAGUUAUGAGGGAAAAGAAUAAAUUAGCUGUUAAAAUUCCUAAAGAAGGCGUUAUAGAUAUAAUGAUCUUUUGAAAAUAUGUAAUUUGCCGUAGAGGUUAUAAGCUUGAACUUGCAGUAAAAAGUUAUGCAAAAUGUAGAUAGCAGAAUUGAGUAGAGGCAAAUUGCAGCCGCGCAAAGAUUGGUGGUUUCCAAUGGAAAGUAUUCCAUUUUUAAUGUGAUAUUGGAAAAAAAACAUGUUGCCAUGAAGUGUUACAUUGUCAAAAGCAUGAAAGGAUUUUAAUAUCAUUAUUAUUUCUGUGUAUCUGAUUGUAAUUUUUGGCAGUAUUUGACAGUGGUAAAAUACGUAUGGAUUCUGCAUCAACAAUUUGGUGCCAUGCUGUGCAUUUUAACAAUAUGACUAAGGGCUUACAUUGCACAUGUCAAUAUUUUGAAAUGUCAGUUCCUUUUGUAAUAUAUUUUAUGCCUUUUAAAGAUGGUAGACUGUAUUUUUAUAGAAUUAUUUUAAGAAUGUACACAUGCACACGAUGGCGCACUUAAAAGUUAUGUGUGCCAUAUUUACAGACGUAAAAGCGGACUCCAAUAUGGCAGCCAAUUCCAAAAUGGCUCUGUCAUGACUCCGUAAUUUGCAUUACCAUCUGUACAUAAUCUUUUAAAUUUUUAGUCAAAUUAAAAAUUGCAUUUGCUGUUUUUUAUAAGUUGCAAAAUCACCUUGUUUCGUUCUUAAAUGUUCUUCGAAUAUACAUGGAUACUGCUGCAAGCCAUAAAAGGAUGGGCAGCCAAGACGAAAUAAGCGAAUAUUGAAAAACAUUACGAUGUGAUUUUAAGUUAGAAGAAGUAAUGGUUUGCUUUAGUUCUUUUGUUGAGUAAUAUAUUAAAUAAAACUAUGUGAUGCAAUAGAAUGCACACAUAACAUAGCUACAGCUUACAGAGCUUAUGUAAAAAAUCAAACUAAAACAAAAUUGGCUAGGUUAUAUUGCAUAUUUUUUUAAAACAGAACUUAUCAGCCAGAAACGUUAUUAGAAUCUCUUUUUUUAAUCUUCUUAACUUACAUAUUUGUCUUGCAGGUGUCAUAUUGUUUAUAUCUGGGACAAUGCUCGAUGCCAUUUUUUUAAUUGCUCUAGUUUUUUUCUAAUAGUAAGAGGGCACAAUAGAUAUAUUGUGCACCACAAUUUGAUAUAUCCUUGGUGUAUUGCUAAUGCUUACAAAUUGUACCUUACAUGUGAUGUUUAUUUUAAUUGUCUUUUUGCAUUAGAAUUCAACAUAUGUAUAUUUUAGGGCUAAGAGAUAUCAAUGUGUAGAACAGAAAUGUUUUUUAAAAUAUAGACAACAUUUGGGUUCGCCUGUGCCUUAAAGUUCGAUAGCAAUACCUGUAUAUAUUAGUUUUUAACAUGCAAUGUGGUUGUAAAUAAAGGCUAGCAACUGUUUAUGGAAUGAGACUGAGACUGCCAAGUGGAGAGUGUAAUAAUAUGCAAUAUGUGUAUAUUUUGUGUUGUACUGUAUAUGAGAUCUGCAAAUCCUAUUUGUGCCAAUAUUUGUGUAUUUUUUCACUGAACUACAACAUGUUUUGAUGUUUGAAAGUGAUACUAGUUUGCUCACGUACUUCCACGUUUCUGCUCUUGUGAAUAUUCCCGCCACGUAAUGAAACUAUUUGAUAUACAUAGUAUUAUAUGUGUUUUACCUGGCAUUUUGGCAAUAAUUAAUGUACUUGGCUAGUUAUGUCUUUGCAUUAUAUGACAAUUUUAACCCAUGCUUGUAGCUUAAAUAUGAAUGUACAACUUGUUGACUGUGGAAUGGCUAUAUAACAGUCAAACAUUGUAUAUUUAUAUUAGAUUUCCAGUCUUCAGAACCAUUAUACUCCCUAAACUUCAGCUUUUGCAUGUAUGUAAAGGUUGAGCAUUGCUUUAGGUAAACAGCAAUUUAUGUUUUUAUGGCUGUGCAAAUAUGAUGGCCCAGGGGUCUUCCAAGCUUUUCAUAUUUGAGGUCAAAACGGUUGAACCUCUUUUUUACCUACUUUUUGGGACCAAUUCACAGCAUAUGUGUUGACUGAUGUAUUUAAGGAUUUCUAUUUCUAUACUAAGGCAUCUUUGUUUAUGAUAUAAGCCUGCAUUUAAAGAUGUACUUAUGAAAAACAUAAGAAUUGACAAAAUUUGUAAAAUUAUACAAUCAUUGUCGAUAUUUAUCGGAAGAUCCAUUAGUAAUAAAUCUAUGAAAACCGAG